AUGUGCUUAAGAAUGAUAUUGGAAUCGUUACUCAAAUGUUCAGUUUCACUUCUUUUUAUAAUAUUUUUAAUACGCCCAACGGGCAUCCAAACCUUGGCUUCCAUCGACAAACAGCAACAAUAUUACCAUGCCGUCAGAAAAUCUAGAGGUGCUGAAUUUCAAAAACCAAUUUUAAAGUCAGACUUGACUAGACGAAUACACGUGGCUUGGGAUGACCCAAUUCGGUAUUCAAUAAAUGACGAACCAGGUUUUGACCUGACACAAGAAGAAAUCGUCAAGUUCAAAUUAUGGCCGGAUGGACUCAUUCCUUAUUACAUCGACGUUGUUUCGUUUAGUGACAAGAUUCUUCGAGAUCAGAUCCGUACAUUACUAACCUGGCUUAAUAGCAAGACGGCGCUCAGUUUUCAAGAGCUACCUGUACCUCCAGAGGGCGGUGACACACGCUGGGUGUUUUUUUCUAACCGACGAGGUCAGAUGGGCUGCAGUGAUCAUUCCAUCCAGAAUUUCACUACUACGGGUGUACAGUUAGUGCAUGUGGGCUACGAUUGUUUGAGAGCAGAUCUUUCAGAGGCUAUUUUGUCACUAGUUGGAAUCCCAGCCCAGCAUACUGCACCGGAUCGAGAUGAAUACAUCAAAGUUAUUGAAGAAAAUAUCCUUCCCGAGAAAAGAUACUUAUUCAAAAAAUUGAAUAAUAAUGAGUGGUUGUUCGACGACGUCGACUACGACUACAGAAGUGCUUCUCAUUUUGAUACUCAUAGGUAUUCAAUGAACGGACGUGCAACUAUUGUAGUUCGGGACAGGGAUGAUGAUAAUAUAGGAGGACAAUCUAAAAUUACUAAAAGUGAUUUAGAAAAGAUCAGAAUGCUAUACAAUUAUAUUGUCAAGAAAAAUUCGAGAAAAAUCCCAGAUUGCAAUAAACUUUUUAAAAAACACCCCAAGUACUUUGUAAAAGUAGAUGGACUGAAUGAGCCUAAACCUAGGAAGAAACAUAAUAAAUAUCUUGGGAUUGCCGCACCUGAUGAACCUAACGAAGAUUACGAGGAAGCUAGUGGAUCUCUUGAUAGUGCAAUUAAGCCUUUGACAUCUCUGGAUGUUAAGAAGAAUAAGAAGAAAAAAAAACCACCAAGGAAGAAUAUAACUGACAACAUGAAGGGUGUUAUGUGGGGAUCUGACUAUAGAAGUCAAGAUUUAGAAGACAUUUAG